CACCGGCACCGGCACCGGCACCGGCAGCAGGAUCAGGCCCGGCGCCGUCGCCCAGCAACCAGCGCCCGGCGCUUCCCGUUCCGGGCCGCCCAGAAGAUGGCGGCGGCCGGCGAGGAGGCGGAGGCGGCGGAGUGGGCGCUGCCGGCCGAGGUGGAGGUGCUGGAGUCCAUCUACCUGGAGGAGCUGCGGGUGCGGCGGGGCCGCGGCAGGUCGGAGCCCUGGGAGGUGAGCAUCACCCUGCACCCCGCCACGGCGCAGGACCAGGACUCGCAGUUCGUCCGCUGCACCCUGCUGCUCACCGUGCCCCCCCAGUAUCCCAACGCGGCUCCGGACAUCGCCAUCAGGAACCCGCGGGGGCUGUCGGAUGAGCAAAUCCAGAAGAUUUUGCAGACCCUCAGAAGCGUUGCUGAAGCCAGGCUGGGGACGGAGGUGCUGUAUGAGCUGAUUGAGAAGGGGAAGGAGAUUCUCACUGACAACAACAUUCCUCACGGCCAGUGCGUGAUUUGCCUCUAUGGAUUCCAGGAGAGGGAAGCCUUCACAAAGACCCAGUGCUACCACUACUUCCACUCCCACUGCCUGGCCCGAUAUGCCCAGCACAUGGAGGAGGAGAUCCUUAUGCAGCAGGAAGAGAGAGAGCAGCACCUGGCACCUUCUCCCAAACAGGACGUCGGCGUGCAGUGCCCUGUCUGCCGGGAAACCCUGGUCUACGACCUCUGCGCCCUGAAGGCAGCGCCGCCCCCGCAGCACCCGCUGGAGCCAUACAGGCCGGAUGCCAAGACGCUGCAGCACCAAGAAGAACUGCGCUUAAUUUUCAAGAGACAGCAAGAGAAAGGGGGCAUCAUAGACCCCGAAGCGGAGAGGAACCGCUACUUCAUCAGCCUCCAGGCGCCUCCGGCUACUGCUGAUCCAGGCCAGGCAGCCGCUGCCUCCGAGCCGCUGGUGAGUGCGAGCGCCGUGGACGCGCCCCAGGCACCCUGCCAAGCCUCGGCCCCAGAGCCGGCCAGGGCAGCGCCUGCGCAGCCCGAGAGGCCUGCGGUGCCCAGGGAGCCGCAGAGCAGGAGGGAAAGGCACAGAGGGGAGAGGCCAGGCCCCAAAGGCCCGGGCAGGCAGACGUGCAGCAGCUCGCAGGAGGCGGCCGAGGAAGCUUGUCAUCCGCUCCACGGCUCCAGAGCACCCAGGGGCUUCAGUCGGAGACCGGAGAGGAGACCAGGCGGGAGGCACAGCCAGGAGUUUCCGAAGCAUCACAGCAGAAGCAGGGCUGCUGCCUUGGCCGAAAGAAAGGAGCUGUGCCCUGAAGACCCCUCACCAGAGACGGAGACAGCGGACUUGAAGGAGGAGCAGCGUGAUGUGGAGAGAUGGACCCCGGAGCAGGGCGCGGAGGCCCAGGGCAGGGAGAAGGAGAACCUGGCGUUCAGCUGCAGCGACCACCGAGCAGCUGCUGGCUGGCAGGGCCACCACCGGCCCUGGGACUGCGGGAGGUGGGAGAGGUCCAGGGCGCAGGAGCGUGGAUCCUACCCCAGAGCACCAAGAGGGCGAGGGGCGCUCAGGCCCAGCGGACGUCGAGAAGCCCAUCUCCUGGAGAAGGAGAGCGGCUCCUAGCAGCAGUGCUGAGGGGCUGGGCCGGGGGAGGGAAGGGCUGGCUUUGGGGAGAGCAGCGAAGGCUGUGCUGGAGCAGCAGCAGAGUCACCGUACACCUUGGGACAGAGGAGGCAGUUGACGUGUGGCACGGCGUGGGACAGGGUUUGUGUGGAGCGAAGCGUCCUGCUGUGAGCGGCUGGCUGUCCCCGCCGGCGGAGAAGCUGACUUCGGACAGGUCACAGCAGCCGUGGGCUCAGAGGAAGCCUGGAGCACCCACCACCCCUUUGCAUGAGCCAGGAAGCGCGCCCACCUACGGGGCAAACACUGAGCCCAGCGUGGUGCCACGGCAGAGCCAAGGCUGUGUAGGACCUUGCCUGGAUCCGAGCGUCCCCACAGAGCCGCGGUGGCACCCGGUGAUGGGGCCGUGCCGGGACAGCCACCUGCAGCUCGGCCUGCUGUGCCUCCCCGCGAUUCUCCGAGCGCCUUCUCAGCUGCUGUCCCUGUUCUUUGGAGAAAGCUUUGCUGCUUCUGCGGUGCAGACCCCGGCUCUGCCCCUGGGCCUGGCCAGGCAAGUCCUUUGUACAGCAGGACUUCUCCCAGCUCCAGCCAGAACUAAAUUAAGCUCGUGCAAAUACAUCAGCAGGUCAGGACUGUCCAGGGAUUGAGGCUUUGGGCUGGCUCCUCUUCCCCCCAGGAAGCUUGAAUUCAGCUGGAGCUCCUGCCCUGUCCUUCUGCUGCCACUUCAAGAUCUAAACCGCGUCCCGCUGCAGAGACAUGGCAAGAUCCCGAGCCUCCGAAGUGGGACGCUGCUAUUAAAUGAAUUCCUUUGGCCUUCUCUGGA